AUGAUCCAGCAACCCGAAGACAUACUACUCGACCUGGUCAUAACUACGGACGGCCAAGCCGAGGAGCCGUACUCCUAUCACAAUUGGGGGUACACCAUCUACCGCACAUGUUACACGCCAGAAUCUCAAUCGCAAUGGGAAUCUCUAAUUGAAGCCACUCAGCUAGGGGUCGAAAAAUCCCUCCCUGGGUCGCAAAACGAUGAGCCACCGACAACAUCUCAACUCCUACGCUCCCUCCUACGUCUAGACUUCCGCUCCGAUGCUUCCCUGUACGACGGUCUUACUAUGGAACAGCUUCGCCAGACCUAUCUCAAUCCACAAGAAGAUUCUGUGCCCCCACCGAACUUCAACAGAAGCGAGCGACUCUUCCUUGUCGCUGACGCAGAAGUUCUGAUGGAUCCUUACUUUCUGCCGGAAGAGAACGAGACGCCAAAAGUAAACGAUGACAAUGAUACAAGCGACGACGCAACUUCUCAAAGUGUGCAGAAAUGGCAAUACCAAUACCACGGCUACAGCAAAUCCUCUAGUACCAAGCGACGAUGGCUCAAGUGUGUCGAGGUCGACUACGUUGCUGCGGAUCAUCACCCAAGGAGAAGAGGGCAGGACCCACGGCCGUAUUUUGGCUGGUUCAUGGUGACGGCGGAAAGUGUGAUGGAGCUUUGGGAGGUGUUGCUUGAUCAGGAUGUCGAGGAAAUCAAACCUAGAUUGGGGGAGGGUAUUGAGGCUUUAUGGGAAGCUGAGCGAACGAUGGAAGGUUUUCUGUCACACUGCAGCUCUCUUGGAUUCUACGCCAUCACUGUUGACAUAUUCAGGUUGCUGGUAGUUAUGGAAUUUAUCGCAGGCAAGAAUGAGGAGAGAAUGUAUUCUGCAUAUGGCCGGCUAUCGAACAUAACUACGUCCACAUGGGUCAGUGUGGCCUCCUUGCUACAUGAUAUGUAG